CCCAGAAUGCAGUCUCCUACAGACAGAGCUGAUCACAUGAUGUGGUAAAAGGCCAAUCACAGCGGCCUUUUACCACGGCAGUGAUGAUCAGUGCCCUGAUGAUCGGUGCCCAGCAGUGUGCCCACCAGUGCCACCCAGCAGUGCCACACACCUGUGCUCAGCAGUGCCACCUACCAGUGCCCAUCAGUGUAGCCCAGCAGUGCUGCCAGUCAGUGCCACCAGUCAGUGUCAGUGUCCAGCGGUUGUGCCAGUCAGUGCCCAGCAGUUGCGCCAGUCAAUGCCUAUCAGUGCUGCCAGUCAGAGCCCAGCAGUGAUGCCAGUCAGUGCCACCUAUCA